AUGUCUUCAGUGGCCAAUCAUCAUAAACGUGGUGGAGCUAAUAGCAAUGGAAAGAGAGGACUGAACAUGACUACAACAAGAAUAAAUCAACAGAAAGAAAUUAAUGAUGGAGAGGGUAUGAGAGAUGAUUCAUCUCUCAUUAAUCAGAAGCUUCAAAAUAGUAGUAAUGAUAAUAAUAAUUCGGAAAGGGAGAAGGAAACAAUUGUUAAUUCAGAUCGUUUGAGAUUAUUGCUUUUUAAUCAUAAAAGCAGAAAUACAAUUUAUAAUAAUUCUCUAAAUAAGCAACAAGUAACUGUUAAGAACUUGGUCCAUGUCGGUGUUGAACAACAGCCAGCAAAAAAAUAUAAUCAUUCUCAAUCAGAAAAAUCAGACAAUUGUUUUGAUGAAGGAAAUCAAGAGAAAAUUAAUAGUACUGUGGAAGAAAUGAAUUCUAUUAUAAAACCGAAAUGGUUAAAAUCUAUUGUGGAUAAUCAGUGCGAUUUGGGUUUUGUGAAGGAAAAUGGAAAUUGUACAAAUAUGAAUCAUUACCCAAAGAUAAGGGAAAAUAAUUCUUUUAUGGAUACCAAAUCAAAGAAAGUUUCAAAAGAGUCAAUUAAUGUGAAAAAGAAGAAUGGUUCCAAUAGGAAAAUUGAAAGGACAGAAAAAUCCUUUAAUAAUGUAAUGUUGGAGUUAUUCAAAGAAAGGUCAACCGAAAUACAACCUCCACAAGAUAUUCAAAGUAAUGACACAAUGUUUACAAAGCUAACCAAGUCGUGGAAUAGAUUCUUAUUCUGGUGGAUUAAAUGGAAGAGGGAUUUCACCACCAACACCAUUCACCAAUUUUUGAGUUCAUAUGAUCCAGUGAUGAGGACAUUUGAGUGUGUUUUCAUAUUUUUCGAAACUUUUAGAAUACCCUAUCCUAUUCGAUAUGCUGUUCAUCGAAUCAGACACUUUUUAUAUUUGAUAUUUCAAUUUGUGUGGACAUCCACAUUUCUCUUUGAGGAAAAUUCAGAAUUUGAACGUGAGCUUUUAUCUCACAACAAUAGAAGAAACGACUCUCAAAUCUACAAUGCCGAUCCAAGAUAUUAUUACGAUGAUGUAAAUUACUAUUCACAAAAUUAA